AUGCACGAGCUGAUACAAGACGUGGCCUACGAAAUCCUCAGUCAAGAAAUAAAGAAUGGGGAUGGUCGCAGAUUGUGCGACACUCAUUACAUUCAACAUCUGCUACAAGAUGAAGAAACCAAAUCGAAUGGCGAACACAGUUUGGUUCUUGAAGGGAUAGAAAGCAUAUUACUCUAUGUGUCUGGCUUGAGCUUUGUCAUUAACCCUGUAGCACUCAAGAGUAUGUGUAAUCUUAGACUGCUGAAAAUUUACAGCUCUGAUCCCAUAAAAUAUCCCGGACUCGGUCUUCAAAAGGGCCACUUCUCUCUGCCUUGCGAGCUACAGCUUCUUCACUGGGAAAAACUACCCUUUGAUAACCUUGCCAAAAGAUUUUAG